AGCAGAGGGCCAGGGUGGGCUUGCUUGCGUGGAGGUAACAUUAGCUAGCAAGCAACAAAAACAAACUCUUCUGCUCCCUGAACGCCGUAAAUCCAGCUCUAGCUUUAUAACAAGUAAUCGUCUCUGGACGACCCAGAAUGAGUCUGGACAAAGGAGAGCUAUGCGAUUCGUUACUCAACUGGUUGCAGACGUAUCAGGUGCCCUCCUGCACAAGCAAACAUGACCUCACCAGUGGAGUGGCCAUUGCCCACGUCCUACACAAGAUAGACCCCUCCUGGUUCAACGAGACAUGGCUGGGCAGGAUCAAAGAGGAGAGUGGGGCCAACUGGCGCUUGAAGGUCAGCAACCUGAAGAAGAUUCUACAGAGCAUGCUAGAGUAUUACCAUGAUGUUCUUGGCCAACAAGUCACCGAUGAGCACCUGCCCGACGUGAACCUGAUCGGAGAGAUGGGAGACGGCACUGAGAUGGGUCGACUGGUGCAGCUUGUGCUGGGAUGUGCUGUGAGCUGCGAGAAGAAGCAAGAACACAUACAGCAAAUUAUGACGCUAGAAGAGUCCGUCCAGCAUGUUGUCAUGACGGCCAUUCAGGAGCUCCUCACCAAAGAGCCGGUGGAACCAGGAAGUCCGGAAACCUUCGGUGACUUUGACUACCAGUCUAGGAAGUAUUAUUUCCUUAGCGAGGAGGUGGACGAGCAGGAAAACGUGUCCAGGCGCUGUGGAGACCUCGAGCGCCAGCUGGCCGUGGUCCAGGAGGAGCGGUCAGCCUUGCAGGCCGAAGCCCAGUCCCUAAGGGAGCGACUGAGACGCGGUGACCCCCAGGACUCCUCCAACACCAUCACCAACAAGAAGCUGCUUCUGCUCCAGAGCCAGAUGGAGCAGCUGCAGGAGGAGAACUACAGGCUUGAGAACAGCCGGGAUGACAUGCGCGUGCGGGCGGACAUCCUGGAACGGGAGGUCGUGGAGCUGCAGCACCGCAACGAGGACCUCACCAGCCUCGCCCAGGAGGCCCAGACGCUAAAAGACGAGAUGGACAUCCUCAGGCACUCAUCGGACCGCGUGAGCCGUCUGGAGGCGCUGGUGGACACGUACAAGCGUAAGCUGGAGGACCUGGGUGACCUGCGGCGGCAGGUGCGUCUGCUGGAGGAGCGCAACACCGUCUACAUGCAGCGCACCUGCGAGCUGGAGGAAGAGCUACGCCGGGCCAAUGCCAUCCGCAGCCAGCUGGACAUCUACAAGAGACAGGUCCACGAGCUCCACACCAAGCAUUCAGCAGAGGCUGUGAAGGCAGAGAAAUGGCAAUUUGAGUACAAUAACCUCCACGACAAGUACGACUCCCUGUCCAAGGAGAAAGAGCGUCUGAUCUCGGAGAGGGACACCCUGCGGGAGACCAAUGACGAGCUCAGGUGUGCACAGGUGCAGCAGAAGUGCCUUAGCCAAGCAGACAGCAGCCCUGUGGCAAACUUGGCGGCCGAGAUCAUGCCCACCGAAUUUAAGGAGACAGUGGUGCGGCUGCAGAAUGAGAACAAGAUGCUGUGUGUCCAGGAGGAGAGCUUCAGACAGAGGCUCACUGAGGUGCAGGGGCAGCUGGAGGAGUCACAGCGCUCCAACAACACACUGGAGACCCAGAACAGGCUAAACCAGCAGCAGAUCAGUGAGCUGUGCUGUCAGGUGGAGGAGUUGCAGAAGGCGCUGCAUGAGCAGGGCAGCAAGACCGAAGAUGCCAUCUCCUCGCUACUCAAGAAGAAGCUGGAAGAGCACUUGGAGAAACUCCAUGAAGCCCAUUCUGAUCUGCAGAAGAAGCGGGAGGUCAUCGAUGACCUGGAGCCUAGUGUGGACAGCAACAUGGCGAAGAAGAUCGAUGAGUUGCAGGAGAUCCUGAAGAAGAAGGAGGAGGACAUGAAGAUGAUGGAGGAGCGGUACAAACGCUACGUGGAGAAGGCCCGCACAGUGAUAAAGACUCUGGAUCCCAAGCAGAAGCCUUACACUGUACCUCCUGAGCUACAGGCCUUGAAGAACCAGCUGACUGAAAAGGAUCGCAAGAUCCAGCACCUGGAGCAUGAUUAUGAGCGAUCCAAAUCCAGACAUGAUCAGGAGGAGAAACUCAUCAUCAGCGCAUGGUACAACAUGGGUAUGGCCCUCCACCAGAAGGUGGCCGGGGAGCGCAGUGGACCUCCAGGCCAGGCCCAGUCCUUCCUGGCCCAGCAGAGGCAGAGCACGCAGGCGCGGAGAGGGCUCGCCAACCGCCUGCAGCCCAGAUAAAGCCCAACCCAUGCCGACUCCACCUUACGAGAAUCCUCACUGUGAAGAAGUGAAAAGGGCGGACAUAAAUAGGGAGGAUGAAAGAGUGGAAUGGGUGAGACUGUGGACUCAAGGUUUCCUCUCCACUCGUCCUCCAGUGCAUCGAUGACCAGCCCUGGCUGGCUGCUCCUCCCUUUGGCCUCUCUGAGGCUCUGAAAGACUGCUGCUACCCCCUGCUGGCAACUGCUGGUAGUGAUUUCUUU